UUCAAGUGAUUCUGAUGAGGAGCUUGCAAUUGAGGCUCAAACUGUCCUGAAUUUGGCUAUCAUUAAUCGUAAGAGGAAUCACGAAAUGCUGCAGACGGCACUCAUGAUUGGUACGUACUAUGACACUUUCAUGCACAAAGCUCCAAGGAGGGUAGCCACUGUAUCGGGUAUAGAAAUGUUCCUCUGGAUAAUUGGAUCGCCCCAGUCACUUAGACAUGUUGAGGAUCGGUUUGUGCGGUCUUUGGAAACAAUAAGCCGCACAUUCGAUAAUGUUUUGUCCAGUGUUCUUAAGCUAGCGGUACAAAUUAUUAGUCCGAAGGAUCCUGAAUUUAAGAACGUGCGCAGAAGAUUGCAAAAUCCUCGGUUUGCUCCGUACUUCAACAACUGUAUAGGAGCUAUAGAUAGGACACAUGUACCGGUUGUGGUGCCAAGUGAUAAGGUGGUUCAGUAUACGGGAAGACAUGGAUAUACCACACAGAAUGUGCUGGUUAUUUGUGACUUCGACAUGAGGUUCACAUUUGUUGUUAGUGGGUGGCCAGGAUCGGUACAUGAUAUGCGGGUGUUUAAUGAUGCCGUGAACAAAUAUGGUGACAAGUUUCCACAUCCUCCUCCAGGCAAGUUUUACUUGGUAGACUCAGGGUAUCCUAACCGUCCGGGUUACCUCGCACCAUACAGGGGUACAAAGUACCAUCUCCCGGAAUUUCGAAGUGGCCCAAUGCCAAAAGGUAUGAAAGAGACAUUUAAUUACGCACAUUCGUCGCUUAGAAAUGUUAUCGAGAGGUCCUUUGGAGUUUUGAAGAUGAAGUGGAGGAUUUUGUUAGGCAUACCAAAUUUUCCAAUUCAGAAGCAAAGCAAAAUAAUAGUAGCAUGCAUGGCAAUUCACAAUUUUAUUCGAGAGAAUGCUAUCGCUGAUACGGCCUUUGAUAUGUGCGAUCGUGACGAAAAUUUUAUUCCUAUGGCCGAUCCAUCAAACCCUGAAGAACAUGCGACGAAUACCCAAGCAGGGGACGAAGACCGUAAUAUGAAUGAAUUUCGUGACGAAAUAGCUAAUGGUUUGUAUAAUAAAUCGUAGUUUGUUUGUGUAGUUUAUUUGUAUGGUUGUGUUGUA